AUGCGUCGUCACUCAAUUUGGCGAUACCGCUGCAUACUCCCGCUCCCGUCCAAAUUAACAGAAGUAGUCGUGGACGACGUCGCGGAAAAGCCAAAAGCUCCGAAACCCCGUCUACUCAAGAAGCGCAUCCGCUGCUACAUGGACAUCGCCAUCGACGAUCAGCCAGCCGGUCGUCUCGUCUUUGAUUUACGUUCGGACCUCAAGCCACGCACCGCUGAGAAUUUCCGCUCCCUCUGCGCCGGCGACAACGGACUCUCGUACAAAGAUUGCAAGUUUCAUAAAAUUGUCCCAGGUUUCGUCCUGCAGACGGGUGACGUUGAGCUUAAAGGGGAGAAGAGAGAAGGAAAAGGGGGCCUCUCAAUUUAUGGAAGGUUUUUUGCAGACGAGAAGCUCGAUAAGCUCUCGCAUGAUGGAUACGGCGUGCUCAGUAUGGCGAAUGCUGGGCCGCAUACCAACAACUCCCAGUUCAUGAUCGUUGUCGAUCCGAAAGGCACGAAUUGGUUGGACGGGAAGCAUACGGUGUUCGGAAGCGUGGCAAAGGAAUCCUUUGAAACCCUGCAGAGGAUAGAAGAAUGUGCCGAAGUCUUUGAACGCGACGCGAAAGAACGAGCAAGGAUCAUUAAGACAUGCACGAUUAUCGAUUGUGGGCAGUUGUGA